CUUGAGUCACUAAAUGGAGCGUUUAUAAUAUUGUUUUCCGAAACAAACAAAAACCUCAAAAGCAGACGAAGUUUCUUUGUAUAAUCUUUGGUUCAUAGGUUGUUCUGAAAAGUAAACUAUACUCGGUUCCUUCUCUUCGUGGUUCUCUUCUUCCUUAUCCCUUACCCUCUGUUUUGUUUCCUAGAUCACAUCCAACAAAACCAUGGAUCUAUCUACACUGUUACUGGCCCUGCUCUUCAUUGCAGGUCUCAUAAAUAUCUUCCUUCAAGUAUCCACCAACAAGAUUACCACGUGCCUUCAAAUUUUCCUCCCCAGCAGUGCUUGCAAAACCAAAACCGCCCUCACUCCUUCACCAACGGCCAAGGUGGAGCACGGUUCCUCCAGGAAGAAGGAAGAGCUCGAAAGGGUGUUUUCCACUUUCGACAAAAACGGUGACGGUUUCGUGACGAAGCAGGAGCUGAGGGAAUCCCUGAGGAACAUCGGAAUCUUGAUGACAGACAAAGAGGUGGACGAUAUUGUUGUGAAGUACGAUUCGAACGGUGAUGGCUUGAUAGAUUUUGAGGAGUUUAUUAAUCUAAAGGAAGCUUUUGAUGUGUUUGACAAGGACAACGAUGGGGUUAUUUCGGUGGAGGAGCUAGCUUUGGUGCUUACUUCGUUGGGGUUAAAGGAAGGGAAGAAGAGUGAAGAGUGCAGAGAGAUGAUUAAGAAGGUUGACAUGGAUGGAGAUGGUAUGGUGAAUUUCAAGGAGUUUAAGAGAAUGAUGAUGAAGGGAGGAAAACUUACUCUCUUUCACGCAUAGUCCACUGCUACCACAGGUUCUCUCUUUUUCAAUUCACACCAUCCAUCAUUAAUUAACUCCAUUUUCUCUCUAUAUGUGGUGGCCACACAGAGAUACACGAAAUGAAAAAUUUCUCUCAUUAUUAGGAAUGUAGAUUCUUAAACAAAUUUUCAUGUUUCUGUAACUUUAAUGGCUAUGUAGUAUGUUUUUUUUUUCUUUAAUCUGGGUGUGUGUGGAUUUAUAACUGUUCAGGGUUUUGUAGCUUUGUUCUCUUUCCUCCAUGAAAUUGGGAAAAGUAAAUUAUUGAUAGAGGAUGUUGUUUCUGGAGCCUCACAUGCUGCAUAUGACCAAACAUACGGUGUUAAUUAUGAAGGUUAAUUUAUUUCCACGAGGAAGGUUAUUUUAAGCAAAAGCCAUCGUUGUUGAAUGUGAGUCCAAUCAAGAA